AUGCUUUCCUUCUUCCAAGUUGCAGUCGUUGCCGCCUGCGUCAUUGGCGCAGCGGCGGAAACACUUACAGGAAUACCGACAUUCGACUUUAACAUCACAUCCACCAACAAACUUUAUCUUUCUUCGCUUACCCACGUCCUUGUUGACUCACGGUUCCAACGCUCUGUGGACUUAGCCGGAGAGACGCUCAUCCCACCGACACUCCUGCAAUUUGGCCAAACAUUUGCGGCCGAUCUCAAAGUACUUGGAUUCACAGACAUCCCGGUCCAAGUUGCAGACAGGGCGCAGCCUGGCUCCAUUUUCCUCACACUGUCAACGGAUAGGGCGUUUCUCGACGCCGCUGGUCGAAAUACAUCGGAGGGAUACACAUUGACGGUUGGGACCAAAGAUGUCGUUAUCGCCGGUGCUAGCCCGCUCGGCGCUUUCUGGGGAACAAGGACCUUACUUCAGCAGGCAAAGCUAGGAGGAAAUGCUUUGUUAAUUGGCUCUGGUAGCGAUUCGCCUGGUUGGGCUACUCGUGGUGUUAUGCUUGACGGAGGAAGACAUUUCUACCCGCCGGAGUUCAUCAUCGAAAUCUGCUCAUACCUUUCUUUCUUCAAGCAGAACACCUUCCACCUGCAUCUCAGCGACAACCUCUUCAAUAAUGUCGACAUUUACACCCGCCAGCGCUCCCUUGAGCUAUAUGCCGCAUUCAGACUCAACUCCGAUGACCCAGCGGUUUCAGGUUUAGUCAAGCCCUAUAGGUUCAACGAGAGUUACACUCGCGAGACAUUCGACAAUAUGCAAGCUUCAUGUGCAGCCCGUGGAGUUACCAUAAUUCCAGAAAUUGAAGCUCCAGGACAUGCAUUAGUCAUCUCCCAAUGGAAACCCGAACUCGGUCUGGCUGAUUUGAGUCUGUUGAAUAUCAGCCAUCCAGAAACAAUCCCGACAAUGGAGAGCAUCUGGAAGACUUUCCUACCGUGGUUUAAAUCGAAAACAGUCCAUAUUGGAGCCGACGAAUACGACAGCUCCCUUGCAAAUGACUACAACCUCUUUGUCAACACCAUGUCCAGCUUCAUCCGCGACAAUUCUGGUAAAGAUAUUCGCAUCUGGGGAACGAACGAGCCAUCUCGGAGCUCCUCCGUCAGUCCCAACAUUACUAUUCAGCACUGGGAGUUCUUUGAAGAUAACCCGCUCGCUCUCAUCAAACAGGGAUACCGUGUUCUGAACGCAGAUGAUGCGUUUUACAUUGUUGGAAAGUGGUCGGGAAGCUAUCCACAACAGCUCAACCUCACCCGCAUUUUUACCGGAGAUCCUGCUGGUGGUGCUUAUGCCCCAAAUAUCUUCGACACGCAUAAUGCAACCAAUAAUCCCGCUCGUAGCGACCCAGGAGUUAUCGGACAUAUCGCCGCUCAGUGGAACGAUUAUGGGCCUAAUGCGACCACUGUAACGGAGGCUUACUAUGCUUGGCGAGAUGCGUUGCCUGCACUUGCUGACAAGCAGUGGGGUGGUCGACUCACCCAGCAACAGUACAGUCUGAUUUUUGACGAGCUUCACGGCGUGAUCCCUGGGCAAAACCUCGACCGAGCGAUUCCGUCAAAAACCGAGGUCAUAUUGGAGUACAAGUUCUCUGGACACACACAAGCUGAGACUGUCGUCGACUCUUCGGGAAAUGGUUAUGAUGGGGCUUGCAAAGCAUGCAGCAUUGCCGACGGAAUUUUGACCCUCUCGACGGGGAUUAGUCUGCUCAAAACGCCGUUGACGUCCAAAGGCCGCAAUUAUACCCUUGCAUUCGGCAUCAAUCCUUCUUCUCGAGCGCCUGUUGGGGCCACCAUUUUCUCUGGGCCUGAUUCAACACUCGUGUUGGGUAACGGAACUGCUCCCCAAGUUGCCCUCAUCUCCGCGAAUCAGUUCUAUGCGUUGAAUUUUACUCUUCCUCGAGAUGUCUGGAGCGAUGUACAGCUGCUUGGCCGAGGCAAUGCGACCUUCCUUCGUGUCGGCAAGGGACCAGAGAUGCAGUUUUUGACGGUGAUGGGUAUCAACGGCCAGAGCUUCCAGUUCCAGCCCAUUGCUAUUGAGGCUCCACUGGCGCAGAUUGGUGGGGGCGGCUUUAUAGGGAGUUUUAGGAGCAUAAAACUUUUGAAUACGGUUUGA